AUGCGUUAUGAAGGGCCCAAGAAGACAGAUGGAAAGAUAAAGGCCAAUCCCGCCAAAAUUGACAAGUCUUCUACAUCUUUCCAGCUUCCAUAUCAAUCUGCUCUUCUUGCCUUGAAAGCUCAUAUUUCUUAUGACCCUCACCAUAUUUUGACAACAAAUUGGUCCUCCAGUACUUCAGUUUGCAAUUGGGUCGGUGUCACCUGUGGUUCCAGACAUCAUCGGGUUAUAGCCUUGAACCUUUCUAACAAUGGUCUUGUAGGAACCAUUCCUCCGUAUAUAGGAAACCUUUCAUUUCUUGUCAACCUAACCAUCAGGAACAAUAGUUUUCAUGGCUCAAUGCCAAACGAAUUGUCUCAUCUUUAUCACUUGGAACUCUUGCAUUUCGGAUACAAUGAAUUCAGCGGAGAAAUCCCGUCAUGGAUAGGAUUGCUAACCAAACUUCAACAUUUAAUUCUUGUAUCCAACAAUUUCGAAGGUACUAUCCCAUCAUCUCUAUUUAACAGUACAUCUUCAUUGCAAGAAAUUGGACUUGAAGAUAAUCAGCUUUGGGGCUCCAUACCAUCCUCUAUCUUCAAGAUGUCUACCUUGAAAGUAAUUUCUCUUGCAAAAAACAAGCUUUCAGUACCACCGGAAGUAGGGAACUUAACCAUGCUUACAGAUUUAUACCUUGACAAUAACAACUUCGAAGGUAGCCUCCCAUCAUCUUUGUUCAAGUGCAAACAGUUGCAAUAUUUAGACUUGGAGUCUAAUAAUAAUUUCAAAGGAAAACUAUCACCCGAAGUAGGGAACUUAACCAUGCUUACAUAUUUAAAUCUUGGCUACAACAACUUCGAAGGUAGCCUCCCAUCCUCUUUGUUCAAGUGCAAACAGCUGCAAUAUUUAGACUUGGAGUCUAAUAAUAAUUUCACAGGAAAACUGUCACCCGAAAUAGGGAACUUAACAAAGCUCACGUUUUUAAAUCUUGGCUUGAACCACUUCGAAGGUGCAAUACCAAGUGAAAUUGGUAAUUUGCAGAACCUGAAGAUUUUCAAUUUGGGAAUGAACAAUUUUGUUGGCACAAUUCCAUUGGAUAUAUUCAAUAUCUCAACAUUACACGGGUUCUCCAUGGUAGGAAAUCACCUCUCAGGCACUCUUCCAUCAAAUAUGGGUCACUUCCUUCCAAAUCUCGAAUGGACUUUUCUUGGGAUGAAUGAACUUAGUGGAAUGAUUCCAGCCUCUAUUUCCAAUUUUUCACAGCUCGUUUCACUCGACUUGUCAGGUAACUCAUUCUCGGGCUUAAUUCCAAAAACUCUUGGUAAUUUAAGGCUCCUCCAGCAUCUCAACCUUGAAUUCAAUAAUGUGACCAUUGAAUCUUCAGAAUUGAGUAUUUUCUCGUAUUUUUCGAACAACGCAUACCUCAGUAUUUUGGAUUUGUCUAGGAAUCCACUAAAUGGAGUCCUUCCUAAUUCCAUUGGAAACCUCUCGACCUUUUUUGAGCGACUUGAUCUCACUGGUUGCAAUAUUAAGGGCAACAUUCCCAUAGAUAUUGGCAAUUUAAGUAGAUUGACAUAUAUGUCCCUGCGUGACAAUGAUUUGGCUGGAUCUAUUCCUUCUACAAUAGGAAGAUUAAGCAUGCUCGAACAAUUGUCCCUUUCUGGUAAUAGACUAAAAGGUCCAAUCCCGACCGAUAUCUGUUACUUAGGGAGAUUGGGAGAGUUAUUUUUAGAUGGCAACAAGCUUUCCAGACAUAUUCCCGAAAGCAUAAAUAAUCUGACUUCAUUAAGAUCUCUCAACUUAGCCUUCAACCAAUUAACUUCAAGGAUUCCUUCGAGCUUGUGGACGCUGACAGAUAUCUUGAGGGUUGACUUGUCAUCCAAUUCCCUCAGUGGGCCUCUUUCAAUAUAUAUUGGAAAUAUGAAGGUCCUGACAGAGUUGAAUUUAUCAAGAAAUCAGCUAUCAGGUCAUAUCCCAGAAACAAUUGGUGGGCUCAUAUCCCUAGUCAAUCUCUCUUUGGCAGCCAAUCAAUUAGAGGGCUCCAUUCCUAUAUCUUUUGGUGGAUUAGUAAGCUUGGUGGUAUUAGAUCUUCUUGGUAACAGCUUAUCUGGAGAGAUACCCAAGUCCUUAGAAGGGCUACGGUACCUCAAAUAUCUAAAUGUCUCCUACAAUAAACUACGAGGAGAAAUUCCAACACAAGGACCAUUUGUUAACUUCUCAGCUGAAUCAUUCAGGUCAAAUGAUGCGCUUUGUGGUGUGGUUAGACUGAAUGUUCCUACAUGCACGGAAGCUUCUCCUGGACCGAAAAAGGCAAUGGGGGUGCGUAUACUAAAAUAUGUACUGCCCGCAUUGGGGUUAACGAUACUUAUAGUCUCUGUUGUACUAGUCUCAAGAAAACUCCAUGGGAAGAAGAAUUCUAAACUUUCCAACAACAAAGACUCAAUGCCUUUAUCAACAUGGAGAAGAAUUUCCCACCAACAACUUUUACAAGCAACAGAAGGGUUCAGUGCAAACAACUUACUUGGAGAAGGGAGUUUUGGCUCAGUUUAUAAAGGGACACUCUUAGAUGGUACAUACGUUGCAAUAAAAGUUCUAAAUUUGGAACUAGAAGGUGCAUUCAAAAGUUUUGACAUAGAAUGCGAGAUAUUAGGACACAUUCGUCAUCGAAAUCUUGUCAAAAUCAUUAGCGUUUGUAGUAACAUUGACUUCAAAGCACUUGUUUUGGAAUACAUGCCUAAAGGGAACCUAGAAAUGUGGUUGUAUUCUAACACCCAUUGCUUGAAUAUGCUACACAGGCUAAAUAUAAUGAUUGAUGUGGCAAUGGCAAUUGAAUACCUUCAUCUUGGUUAUUCAACACCUAUUGUUCAUUGUGAUCUAAAGCCGAGCAAUGUCUUAUUAGAUGAAGAUAUGGUUGGACAUGUUGCUGAUUUUGGCAUAGCAAAACUCCUAAGUGAUGGAACUUCUCUCACACAAACAAUGACCAUGGCUACAAUUGGGUAUAUGGCACCAGAGUAUGGAUCUGAAGGAAUUGUUUCUACAAGAGGUGAUGUGUAUAGUUAUGGAAUGUUAUUGAUGGAAACUUUCACAAGAAAAAAGCCCAUUGAUGAUAUGUUUUCCAGCGAAAUGAGCUUAAAGCGUUUAAUAGAGGAAUCAUUUUCGCUUUCGAUACUUGAAGUUAUUGAUUCCAAUUUGCUGAGCAAUGAGAACGACUAUGUUGCUAUGGAGACCUGCUUAUCAGCAACUAUGGGCUUGGCUUUGCAUUGUUGUGCAGAUUUGCCUGAACAAAGGAUCGAUAUAAAAAAUGUUUUAGCCAAACUUAACAAGAUCAAAUUAAAGUAUCUACAUGAUCAGCAAUCGGGCUAGUCAAGUAGAGUUUAUUACCAAGCUAUGGUUUAAUCUAUAAUCGACAUGCUCCCAACAUUGCAGGAGAGAAACAAGGGGUUGAUGUCAAGAAUCUCGGCAAUCCUGGUUUUGGUAGCUUGGGCAAGUCUCCUUUCUAGAUUUCACACUCUCUUCGUGACUCUAGGGUGCCAUGAGGGAUGUGGAAUUGCCCCAUUUUAGAUUUGUGUAUAUAGUGACAAAGCAAGAGAUGAUCUCUCUUUGGGGUCGAAACUUCUAUUCUAAUAAUAAGUUUUUGAAUAUGAUGGAUAUUGAUUUGUAUAACAA